CGAUUCUGUCAGGUGUCUGUCAUGCUUUAAAAGUUUUAAUAACACUAGAUCCCAGUUAUGCCAUUUACUACGCAAAAAGGAAAAAAGAAGCCUCCUCCAAGACCGCCGCCCCCCGACUUUUCCAAGUACAAAAGUAGGUCGACCCUUAAUCUUAAUCAGCAAAACCAAAGUGUAAAUCUCAUCGAAUGGAGCCCCCCCAGCUCUCCCAAACCAGAAAGAUCAAAACAUUAUGUAGGCAGUGUUUCGAGCUCAUUCAGCAGCAGUACCAGUAGCCUAGCAUCAAGCAAAAAGUCCUUUGAAUCAGAUGGUUUCCCACCAGUAACAAACAGCAUGUGGCCUGUGCAACCCCAACUACUAGUUUUAUCCCCUACAUUUCAAAGCUACCUGCCAACCGUAAGCAACCAAGCAAGUACAAAUAUUGGGAGCACCGUAGCCCCCAACCUCAACGUGCCUCAGUUUGGACCAACAAUCAUCCGUCCAAAAGUAAAGGUCAAUAGUAGAAACGAUAAUCUCAGUCCACCUUCAGGGUCUCCACCCAUGCCCAACAUUCCACCCCCAAGCCCGCCUAAAGGAAUUCUGGAUGUUGAGACUCCGUAUGGAAUUGCAUUGUUUAAUUAUUCGCCUAGCCAUUCUAGUGACCUUAGUUUUCAGGAAGGUGAUGUAAUUAUUCUAAUGCACAGAAUUAAUGAUGAUUGGCUGUAUGGAAAAGUGAUCGACAAAGAAGGAAUGUUUCCGGAAAGCUUUAUAGAUGUCCAAGUGCCACUAAAGGAAGAUGAAAACCUUGUGACAGCUUUGUAUGAUUUCCCGGCCCACAUGCCAGGUGACCUAAGUUUAAAAGUAGGCCAGAAAAUCAAAGUAACCAAAAGAAUGGAUAAGGGCUGGCUAUUUGGGGAGUCUGCUGGCCAGACUGGCCAAUUUCCCUGCAAUUUUGUCAAUCGCAUCCCUAUAGGUAUAUAAAUCAGUUGACCUCAUGGACCAUAUCAAAACAUUAAUUCAAUAAUUGUCUGAAAUCCGGCGCUCUACGAGCUACAAAAUCAUCGAUACUGUUAAAACAAUGCCAUUUGUCCACCAAAGUUGUUUCAGUCAUUUAUUGUCUCUUUUUUUGUGUCUUUUUGGCACGCAAAAAUGCAUGCCAAGGCUUAAAGCAGCAACAACGCUACACAUAAAAACUGAUGAUGGUGGAAAAAUACACCGAAACGUAUUUUGAUUGAUAAAUAGACAAUAAAUGACUCAGGAAUGAAUUUGAUACUUGAUAUACUUACAUGAUUUCUAUUUCGGAUUAUUAAUGCCGAGGAAAUUUUUGUCAUUAUUAAUGAAACUGAAAUAAGAAUCAUCGUCAAUAUCUAGUCAAACUGUCCAAAGUAACAAAAAUGUGCGUAAAAAAUAUUCUUAAUACGCAUAAUAAAAAUGGCGUAAGAAGUAAAUUGUUUGUAAUGUGAUUUUCUAGAAGGUGAGCAAAUUGUUAAUUGUGAGCGCCGGAUUUCCUGGACCAUUACCGAUAUUAACGUUAACUGUUAAAUUAUUUUAAGAUUGUACUUGCAAAAAAAUUAGGUAGCAAUUCAACAAAUUAACUAUUGAUGAUUAACAACUAUAUUUUGUAUACUAACAUUGGACUAUUCCCUGUAACAUUACAGACUGAUUUGCAAUGCAAUACAUAGGAAAGCACUUCGUGCCAUAAUUCUGCACUUUAUUGUUGUUUUCAGAAAAAGUUCAGUCAUUUUUCACAUUGUGGAAACGCUAGAAAACCUCUGAGAUUUGAAGUGCUAACUAGUAUUGUAAAUAAUUCUACUUCAAUUGUUCGAUGGUGAGAGUAUUAAAAAUGUGAUGUUUAACUGUAUACAUAUAACAUGUGAUAAUAUGUGCCUCCAGUUACGGCACUUUGUUAUAUUUUUGUACAGAUUAGCAGAAUUUAAUUGUCAAAUACAAUGUUUAUUUUAAGGUAAUAAAAUGAUCUGUUAUGCAAA